UUGAUAAGUACCUGACGUAAGCUCGCACUUCAGUUCUGGAUCGACUUCUGUGAGAUCCAACAAGGUCGUGUUGGCUCCUUUUUUGAUGAGAAUGUAAUUUACGUCUUGCAGAUAACACGUUCAUAAUUGUACCAAGGCAUCAAAAAGAAGAUUUCUCUUUUUCGAUGAUCAGUUCAUCGGUUCCAUUUUUUGAGCACCAUAUUUUUUGUGAGCAGAAUUUCUGUACUGGGUGUAUUGAUAAAUUCUAGAAUAAAUAAAGACAUUUAGAAUACUCCCUUUAAAGGAGAUUUGUUUUUAAUUGUGACAACCGAAUCUUACUGAAAGGAUGACUGAUACCAUCAAACAGAUAAAAAAGAUAAACAGAGGUGAUCCAGAACAGAAGAAAGGAAAGACACAGAGGGCAGUGAAAUCGUGCCUAAUGUGCUUGGCUUCAUAUUGUGAUGAGCAUUUGGAACAACCUUAUCAGAAAGCAGACAUCAAUAGUCAUUUGAUACAGGAUGGACUGAAAGAUGGGCUGUGCAAGCAGCAUGAGAAGAUCAUACAGUUCUUCUUUUUAACUAAUCAGGCCCACAACUGCAGGAUAUGCUUUGACUCGGGUCCUCAUCCUCUGCUAUACGUAAACAAAAUAAAAAAAAAGGAUGCACUAAGCUUGGAAAUGUCCACUCUCACAUCUGAUGUAAAGGGGUCCUCAGAAAAUGUCUUCAAUACUGUAAAGUUAGAAGUGGAAAAAACAGAAGAAAAGAAAAUCCCUGAAGAGUCAGAUAAUGAGUCCCAUUAUAUGAAGCUGAAAGACAACCCCAAUGAAGUGUAUUCAACUGUAAACAAACCAGAAGAUCAACUUCCUGAUAAAAAAGAGGAAGAAAAAUCUUCAGAAAAUGAGCCUCAAUAUAUGAAGCUGAAAGAGAAUUAUAGUGAAAUAUAUGCAGCUGCAAAUACAGCAGAAGAUCCACUUCUUGUCAAAAAACAGAAAGAGAAAUCUUCAGCUGGAAAAGCAUCUUAUAACUCUGUUUGUUUCUACAAGUGGACCACUAUAAGCCUAGCAGUACUUUGUUGUGUGUUCCUGUUGAUUAUUAUUGGCCUCGGUGUUCAGUACUAUAACAUAAGAAAUGAACCUUGCAUUGAUGUUUCACAGAAUUAUACUGAGCCAACUAUAUGUAAGACAGUUGAACACCCGCAUAUUUCUUCAAUCUCUACCCGCCUGACUGUCUUAUUGAAGAACAUGUUGAAUGGGAGUAAUUUACCCAGAUACUGUAAUGGUGAGAUUUGUGAGUUUUGUCCAAAUGGUUGGACAUAUUAUAAUCACAAAUGCUACUUUUUUUCCAAAAAUAUGUUAAACUGGAGUAGUAGCCAAGAGCACUGCAAGUUGACUGGUGGCUCUUUGGUCAUUAUUCAAGAUGAGAAGGAACAGGAUUACAUCACACAAGAGACAAAACGUAUAGGAGGUUUCAUCUUUUGGAUUGGUCUUUCCAAAAACCGCACAACCGAAGAGUGGAGUUGGGAAGAUGAUACAAAAUUGAAAGAAGGGUAUUGGAAAGAUAGUUCAAGUUCCCAUGAGAGGCUCUGUGCAGCAAUACACCCACAAGUGCAAAACCUGAAUAACUGGAGAAAAUCAAUGUGUUAUAUUGUUAGUCGGAGAAUCUGUGAGAUUGAAGCUCUGCCUAUGUAGGACCAGAUUCAACAGCAAAGUGCUUUGUCCUAUCUUUAAUUUACUUCUUUAAUGCUUCUUUGCCAUGAACUGCCAAGAUUAUGACAAUAUACUGUAUCAAUAAUGAAGAUGCAUUUAUUAGUAGAUUUAAUAUUUACUUUCAACAUAUAUUUGAGGUAAUGCCUUAUGGGCACAUUGAACUAAAUGCAGUACAUACAGCAUGCUCUCUUGGAAUUUAUUACCACUUACAACAUCUACUGUAGCUUUUUUAACUAGCAUAAUGAUUUAAAAUAAUUAUUUGAUGAGAAAAAUUAUACCUGUGAUAAUUAAACAUUGCUGAUAGUAUUAUCAGAAUUUAAUUUACUUCAAUAAGCCUAAGCCAUCAGUCAUCUAGCUCAACAAAUUGUUUCUCGUGUUGAAAGGAAUUUUUUUUUUUGCAAUGCAACUUACAUUUGCUAGACUAACUGCAUGUGUUGUCCAUAAUUACCAGUAAUUACAGCGAUUCCUUGCAUUACAUUUAUGAAAACAAUGUCACAGGUCCAGUCAGACUUAUUUUCAUGGUCCAUGUCAGGGAGAACAGAACCAGAGUAGAAAGUUUAUGACUAAAUAGACUGUCAGCAACCAUUUAUUUGAGAUUAUAUUGUAAUAUAUUAAUAAGUCAGACCAGUUUUAAAAGAAUCUUCAAAAGGCUUUGGUUUAAGUUGAUAUAAAAGCAUCAUGGAGUUAUUGGAUAUACUGUGUGGAUUAUCUUUCUCCUCCCAUUUUUAUUUUUUUUUGCAUAUCCUGAUAAAUCGUAUAAAUUACAGUUUGUCAGAAAAUCUAAUGAAUCUUAACACACACUGUUGUGUUUCCGUCUUGGAUAUUUAUUACAGUAAUCCCUCCUCUAUCGCGGGGGUUGUGUUCCAGACCCCCCCCCGCGAAAGGUGAAAAUCCGCGAAGUAGAAACCAUAUGUUUAUAUGUUUAUUUUUAUAUUGUCAUGCUUGGGUCACAGAUUUGCACAGAAACACAGGAGGUUGUAGAGAGACAGGAACUUUAUUCAAACACUGCAAACAAACAUUUGUCUCUUUUUCAAAAGUUUAAACCGUGCUCCAUAACAAGACAGAGAUGACAGUUCCGUCUCACAAUUAAAAGAAUGCAAACAUAUCUUCCUCUUCAAAGGAGUGCGCGUCAGGAGCAGAUAAUGUCAGAGCGAUAGAGAGAAAAAAGCAAACAAUCAGAAAUCAAUAGGGCUGUUUGGAAGCACCGGACAACGCAGCUGCUAGGAAGGGAGCAAUGUAAAGGUAGCCUAUCAGCAUUUUUUAGAGGAGCGUCCGUAUCGUCUAGUGGUGCGAACAGCCCCCCCCCCCCCCCCUCUCACACCCCCUCCGUCAGGAGCACAGAAUGUCAGAGAGAGUGUGAGAGAGAGAGAGACACAAAGAAAAACAAACAAUUAAAAAUCAAUACGUGCCGUUCGAGCUUUUUAAGUAUGCGAAGCAUCGUGCGGGGAAGCAUAUCGCUUGACAAAACAGCCACAUUUAAGCCCAGCAAGGAAGAGAGCAAUAUGAAGGUAAUCUUUCAGUGUUUUUUGAGGAGUGGCCAUAUCUUCUAGGGGUGCGAACAGCCCCUGUGCUCACAAUAUAUUUGAGGAGUUUUAUUUAAUACAUAAUACGCGCUCUGAUUGGGUAGCUUCUCAGCCAUCUGCCAAUAGCGUCCCUUGUAUGAAAUCAACUGGGCGAACCAACUGAGGAAGCAUGUACCAGAAAUUAAAAGACCCAUUGUCCGCAGAAAUCCGCGAACCAGCAAAAAAUCCGCGAUAUAUAUUUAAAUAUGCUUGCAUAUAAAAUCCGCGAUGGAGUGUAGCCGCGAAAGUCGAAGCGCGAUAUAGCGAGGGAUUACUGUAAUAGGUUUAUUGGCAAAAAGGACAGUCACACACCAGGCUCCAUGUAGAUAACUCUU